UCUUCCAUCGCACAGCACUGUUAUUGCUUCAGUCCAGUGGGAGAGGGAUAGAGACAGUCCCAGACUGCCAGUGCUUCACUGUACAUCUGAAUGAGGUACUCCCAGUGUCAGCAACCAAGCAAACACAGAGGAAGAGAAGAACAGAGAGAGGGAGGAGGAGAGAGAGCAACAGAAAGAAAAGGCAUUCAGUUAAAAGCCAUGCUCGCUCGUCUCAGACCUGACUUUACAAAAGGGAAAUUUACAGAUUAAUUUGAGGUGUGAGUGUGAAGAACGAAGAUCCGACCACAUUGGAGGAUGAAUUGAAAAUGUUAAAAUCCCCGGGGUAUUUAAAGCACGACCACUGACAAUUUGAAGACGUCGGGAAGAAUUGUUUGUUUACAAACCUCGCUCAUCCUCAAGACUGUGGAGGAUUUUCUGUUAAAUUGCAAUAUCAGGGUGGAUCAGAUCUGGGGGGGUCCAGGCAGCGUUGGAAAAUGUCCCACACAUCAGGGGAAAAAGGUGUAAAGCAGAAUAAUAGGAAAGCCAGCAAUGAUGGAGCCUGUUCCAGACUUUACCUUGCCUUUAUAUUAAUAUUACUUACCCUGACACCACGAGUGGAUUCUUCCUGGUGGUACAUCGGAGCUCUGGGAGCACGGGUGAUCUGUGACAAUAUCCCAGGCCUGGUGAACAAACAGCGGCAGUUGUGCCAGAAGCAUCCAGAUAUCAUGCAGUCCAUCGGAGAGGGAGCCAAGGAGUGGAUCCGUGAAUGUCAGUACCAAUUCCGACACCACAGGUGGAACUGUAGCACCCUAGCCAGGGACCACACUGUAUUUGGCAAAGUAAUGUUACGUAAAUCUAUCUUGCUUUUGAUUACAGAUAUCAGCUUGCCAAAAUCAGCAACAAUAUGCUACACAGCUGCACUGCUGAAAGCACGAGCUGUAUCAGACAAGUUCUCCCCAGAAGCAGCCUCUCGGCGAGGGCUCAGUACAGCAGAAAUGAAUGCUGUGGAAGCAAUACACAGGGCAGUAGAAUUCAAUCCACAUGUGCCAAAGUAUUUACUAGAAAUGAAAAGUUUAAUUUUACCACCAGAACACAUUCUGAAGCGGGGAGACAGUGAAGCAAUAGCAUAUGCUUUCUUUCAUCUUCAACACUGGAAGAGGGUAGAGGGGGCCCUUAACCUAUUGCACUGUACGUGGGAAGGCACUUUUCGAAUGAUCCCCUAUCCCUUGGAGAAAGGUCAUCUUUUCUAUCCAUAUCCCAGCUGCACAGAAACAGCAGACCGAGAGUUACUGCCAUCUUUCCAUGAAGUUUCAGUUUAUCCGAAGAAGGAGCUCCCAUUCUUCAUCUUGUUCACAGCAGGACUGUGUUCAUUCACUGCGAUGUUGGCGCUCCUCACACAUCAGUUUCCAGAACUCAUGGGCGUUUUUGCUAAGGCUUUCUUCAGCACGCUGUUUGCACCCUUCAACUUUGUGAUGGAGAAGAUUGAGAGUGUCUUACCCUCUAGCUUCUGGCACCUGCUGACCCGAAUCUGACACAAAUGGUUCACAGAAAACAGACUCAACUCUCUCUUACCCUGCCCACACACCCCUUUCCAGGAUCUGUCAGUGUAGAACAAAACACUGCCCAGGCUGUUGAAGCAAGGGAGGGAAAGGCUGAGGGGAACACCACUACUGCAAGUCGGAGACACUGUCACUGCUGCCAAGUCUGGGUUCUUUAACAUUGUAACAAAGAACUGAGAGGAAUUUAUUUCAGUUUCGCUUUGCCAAAUGGAGAAACAGACCAAAAAAAAGGGAAAAAAAAUAAAGUUAAAUUUUGUGCA